CCAACAGGAAAGAAGAAAAAAAAAUGAAGGAAAAAAAGGAAUUUGAAGGUGAGGUUGUGAAGAGGUCCAUUUCAUCUCCAUCCUAUUUAAGAACAUGAGUCAUAUAUUCUCUCUAGUGUUGUAGCCCUGAGGCAAUCCAUCUCUCUGCAUUUAAAGCUACCUUUUCUAAUUAUGACAGACUGCAGAGAAGAGUUAAGAUGAUUGCCAUCUUCUCUUAAGAGCCCCAAUGACCAAAUGAACCAACCCCCCAUGUCCUUUCAAAUUCAACAAACUUUAGCAUGUAUACCUUUUGUAAAUAAGAAGGAUUUCCCUUUCAUUGACACCCUUCUAGCUGUCUUCUGCUCAGUGAAAAGUCAGACUAUUUAUUUGCCUUUGAAUUUCCAGGUGGUGCAGUAAGGGUUUUUUAUCCAGCCAUUAAAGACUUGAGAAACCUGUUUGGGUCAGAGAGGUAGCAAAAGGGCAUGAAUGGUUCCCUCAGGUGUCUAAAUUCAAGAACCUCCCCAAAUUCUGUUAUUGAUUCUUCUUCUUCUUCUUCUUCUUCUUCUUCUUCUUCAUUUUGUUGCCUAAAGUUAUGGAGCCUUCCCAAAUUUUUGGAGUUGCAGAAGAAUGUCACAGCAGUGAAUCUGGUUGGACUAUGUAUAUUGGAUCUCCUGCAGGUGGGUCUAGUGAUGCUGAUGCUGAUGCUGCACCUUCUGGUGAUGAUGGAGAAGAUGAAGAUGAAGAUGAAGAUUGCUAUGGAAAUAACCAAGAUGAGAGUGAUGAUUCCAUGGCUUCUGAUGCUUCUUCAGGCCCAAGCCAUCAAGUGGGGCACCCAUUUGGAGGAAAUGGGAGGGUGAAGAAUCCCAAUCCCCAUGGCUUGAAGCAACAGAGUGAGGUCAAGUUUUGCUUUGAAACCAAAACCAAGAAGCCAUUAAUGGAGAAGCAGAGAGCUGAGAGGAAGGAAGUGAAAGAGAAGUUGGUUUUGGUUGGCCAAAAGCCAAAGACUUCAGUUCAGAGCAGUUCAAAGGUGAGAAAGAGCAUCUGGAUGGGCAAAAAAAACUAGCCAAGCUGGUUUUUUUUUUCUUCUUCUUCUUCUUUUUUUUCAUCUGGGUGUUUCAUUUAUGUUUUCUUGCACUUGGAAAAUAUGAGCUGUAUCCUUUUGAAGAACAAUGUUUUUGCAACAAUCAGUUACUAUGUUUUCCUCUACAUAC